UUAAAAACGAAAAAUGCCAAAGUUGACAAAACUGUUUUUCUAGAAAGGAAAAUAUUUUAUUUUUCAUCGCGUACGUGUGUAAACUGAGGUUUUCGCCGUGUAUUUUAUCAUAUAAUGAUAUCUGUGAGACUUUCGUGUAAGAAUAUUUAAGGGAAAUACUUUAAAAAUGAGUAAGCACAUGUAUUCGACCGCAAACUUGAGUGACAAAGAGUUGAAAGAACAAGGAAACCGUCUAUUCAGUCUCAGACGGUUCGAAGAUGCUAUGAACUGCUAUACGAAGGCUAUCAUAAAAAAUCCAUCAGUCGCAACAUACUUCACAAACCGAGCACUAUGCUACUUGAAGAUGAAGCAAUGGGAGUCUACGUGCCAGGACUGCCGGCGAGCGCUGGACAUAGACAACAACCAGGUCAAAGGGCACUUCUUCCUCGGACAGGCCCUGAUGGAGCUGGAGUGUUACGAUGAAGCCAUCAAACACUUGCACCGAGCAAACGACCUGGCCCGUGAACAGAAGCUCAACUUUGGCGAUGACAUCGCCGCCCAGUUGCGUAUAGCUCGCAAGAAGCGGUGGAAUGUUCAAGAAGAGAAACGAAUUUCACAAGAAAUCGAGCUGCAGAGUUAUCUCAAUAGGCUAAUAACGGAAGACAUGCAGCGUAGAAUAGAAGCUAUCAAAUUAGACACUAACAACGAUGAAGACUCUUGCACUAAAGUGGCUAAAGUGGAGGAGGAAUGUAAUAAUUAUUCUAGUGAAUUAAAUAACCUAUUUUCAAAAAUGGAUGAAAGAAGACGGAAACGUGACGUACCAGACUAUCUCUGCGGCAAGAUCAGCUUCGAAAUCCUGAAUGAGCCGGUCAUAACGCCUAGCGGCAUAACGUACGAAAAGAAAGAUAUCGAGGAACAUCUAGAGAGAGUCGGCCAUUUCGACCCCGUGACCAGAGUGAAGUUGACUGCAGACCAGCUCAUACCAAACUUCACUAUGAAGGAAGUGGUAGACGCUUUCCUACAGGAGAACGAAUGGGCUCUGGACUACUAGAGAGUCAAAUGACGUCACUUGCCGAUAGGUCGAAUAAGGAAGGUAGAGGUAAGAUUCAUUUCUGUGUAUGUAAAAGGCGUAAUCAGGCUGGCGCUAGUGUAGCAGGAAGGUAAACGGUUAAACUUUAAAGGAAGUAGUAGGAUAGGUAAGUAAGCAAAGGAAUAAAACUGUAUACUGCAGUUUAAAUCACUCAAGCUAGUCACAUAUAAAUUUUUAAUACAGCGCACUUCGCUUCAUCUAAAUAUAAGGGUUCCGUUUUUUGCCAUUUGGCUACGGAACCCUUAAAUGUCAUACUCUUUUGCUGCUCUAGCGUCAAUCUAGUUUUUUAAACUAUUACUUACAGCUAGCUUUUUAGACAGAUUCAUAUGAUUACUUGUACCUCUACCCUCCUUAGCCUUGAUAGAAUUUUAUAUGUUCACUUGAUGUACACUUGACAGCCAAUGGCUACCUUAUGUGUUUAGGAAUAAGGUACAACCUGUCAAGUAUGUAUUUACUCGAUGUGGCUGUACAGAUACUGUUAAAGUCGAACGGGCUUUCUAGUACUGACACUUGGACUGUCGUUCAAGCGCCCAUAAAUAAUAAAAACUUAAACGUUAUCUUUUCUCUUCGGGUACAAAAUAAAAGAAAGCUCGUUCGUACUUUAGUAUAGUACUAUAGUAAGCAUGAAUAAAGUGACUACUAAGUCGCCCAGAUUUGCCCUAAGUUAGUGAGAUUUGGACCCAAUUUCUGUGGUGUUCGAUACUAAAGUUCGUCACCUGGAUUUUUGUCUAGAUCUGCGAUGUAAACUCACGCGGUUUACAUCGAAAUGCUGUAGUCGGACGACUUAUGUAUUUGGGAAAACCCAACAAUCAAUUAAAUUUUGUUAUUGUAAUGAAGCAAAACCUUCGAUUGUAGUUUGAAAAGUUUUGCUUUAUUUAAAUAACAAAUAGGUUUUUCUUUAGCAAGUGAUAAAGUAUAAUUUAAAACUGUUAAAUAUUUUAUUGCCAUUAGAGUUCAAAAUGUAUCAUUUCACAUUUUCCGAUGUUUUAGAUUCAGAUAUUGGUCACAUACACAGUCCAUUGCAUAUAAAACGUCUUUCUCUAUAAAUCCAAAGAUUUCUCUUUUAGAUGGCACUACA